UAUUCUCCUUUGAAAUAGGUAAAAACAAUGCCAAAAAUUGGAGUGGUUGAUAUGAUAGUUUAGGAUAUUUCUGGUUUUGUAAACAUCAAAGAUACCUAUUGAGACCAAAUACCCAGAAUAGGUCCUAUCAAAAUACCUAAAAAGAAUAUUUUAUUAUCUUAGUAUGAUAAAAAUGGCCAAUGAAAUUUCUCAUUGCUUUUGAGUAAAAUAAUUAGAGCAACGCAUAGAAGACCAGCUAAUAGUCUUAAUAAUGCACUCUAUAAAGGAUUUAAUGAACCUGAGUGAGCAGCAUCAUGAGAUAGAACCAUGCUUAAACCCCAGCAAAAGAAAGGAGAAAUAAGAAAAUCUUUUAAACUGCUUAGAAUUCCUCUUAAUUUGCUUUAAUAUUUUACUUUAGGCUCUUCAUCGUUAGUUGUUUAUUAGCUUAGUGAAAUUAAUGUAAACACCUGACAUUGUAAUAACUAUUCCAAUCCAUCCUCCAAUAGAAAGGGUUUUUCCAUAAUAUACCCAUGAAAUAAAACCUGUAAAGGGAGGUGCCAUAGUUUCCAAUAGAAUAGUCUUUCUUGCACCAAUACACCCUAAAGUUUUAAAGUAAAAAAUAUCACCUAAACCAAUUCCACUAAUCCCAGAUAUUAUUAGCUUCAAGUAAACGUAAAAUUCGUCUUACGGUAAAAUGGAGUCACAAAAGUUAAAAACAACUAUGUAAGUAAAAGCUGCAGAGACUAACAUUCUCAAAAAGUUUAAUAUUACAGGAGAAGUAGUUUUAGCAAUAUCUGAUAGAAUAGUUGCGGAUGCUGCAUAGCUUAUAGCUGAAUAUAAAGCAGUCAGCUCACCUGUUAGUACCAUAAUAUUCUAUUUAAGAUUUAUAUUUCACUUACUUUUAUUGCUUAUUUUUAAAAGAUAUCAACCAAUUAUUGAAGAAAGAUUUAAAAUUUAAUCAACUUUUAAAAAAAUACAUCAAUAGAGUCUAAUUAUUUUCAAUUAAAUUCAUGGCUAAUAUAGACAUGCAAGUAUUGUAAAAUUUCACAUAUAAAAGCACUUAUUUGAAUAGUUGGGUAUAUGA